AGUAUAUUUUUAAAAAUGAUGAGACCUGAAAGUUGUUAUUACAAAACCAAGAGUACAACGUAGUAAUUUUUUUUUGAUAAAUCUCUAUUCGUUGAGGUGGAUUUAUAAUUAAAAAAGAAGAAAGUAAAAAAGUGUUUAUUGGGCCGGAUGCCCGACGAGCACAUGUUUUUAAGCCCAUUCGGUAUCCCAAGACCCAUACUGUGGUCCUCUUUUCGGGCGAUCUUCUAGCCUAGGUCUGGUAUCGGUAAUUUGAGCAAAAUGCCCGGGAAGCCGACGGAUGCCGGCGACCGAGCUAUAGUCACAGUUCCACCGGAACCCAAUAACCCCACGGUCUACCCCCUCCGUCACGGCCUGAAAUACCCAAUUCACCGCACCUCAAUCUCCUGGGCGCGCGGGAACACUCUCCGCGUCACCCUCCUUCGGAAGCCGGAUGCCGACAUUGCUGUCGCCGGAGACGGAGAAGCCGGCGGGAAGGUGGUCGAGCUGAACCUGAGUAAUAUCGGAGGCGAAGAGAUCGAUGCAGUGAGGUGGAGGAAAAUCGCGUAUGGGUCUGUGACUCCCUUUGCACUUCUGCAGAGCCGGAAGAACUCCAUGGCUGCUCUGUCGAAGAUGUAUUCGGAAUCCCCACCAUACAAUGCUGAGUGGUCAGAUCAUAUUAUGGAGUAUAGCAAAGAAAUUAGUUCUCUUCUUGGUAAUCCAAUGUCAGACCCUCCUUCACUCAUUGAAGAUCCAAAAGAAGUCCUAAAGAAAGGUGAGGAGCCCACAUGUUUAAAAGGUGCGUGGGAGCUAAUAGAGAUUUUCUACGCAGACAAGCAAUCCCAAGCUUGGAUAUCAGAACGGCUGAUUGAUUGGUUGGCUGACUAUGAUUCUUUAUUUUCUGGAACCCACCAGACAGUGCAUCUGAAAGUUGCAGAUUUUCAGAAAGACCUUGUUACUCUACAGACUAUUGAAAAUGAUCCCAAGUACUGGGAGGCAUUAGCUUCAACAUUGGCAGUUGGCUGGUUAGAUACUGUUGAAAAACUGUUGCGCUUGCAUGGAUCUUAUCAGCUUGAUCAGCUAGGAACUCGUGAGACAGAGAAUGGGCUGGUAGAAACUGUUGCUGUUCUCAUAUCAAAAAUGCCCAGAAUGCGUCCGAGUAUACCAGCUGGAAAACUAGGUGAAUGUUACCCAUCCAAGCCAGAUUUCAUGAAGGCUUGGGAAAAGUGGCGAGCACAAAUAACUAAGUUGGAUUGCAGUGCAUAUUGGUUUCAAUGUGAGCACCAGCAGACCAGGGACGGACUUAAAAACAUCCUCCAGAUUAUGUUGGGGAAUGCCACUGCUCUGUCAAAUGCAACAUUUCAUUGGAUGGAGCUUUUUGUUUCUCACUCUCUAUAUGUCCGGCCGUUCACAAUGGGUCUAGAAAGCAUGUACAAUCUUUCUCAGAAGUGCAUGCAGAUAAAGCCAAUUUCCCGUUCCCACAGGUUGCUAAGCCUUUUACUUGGCAUAUUUGGAGAAAAUGUUGAGGUUGUAAUAGCUGAAUGCUCAAGAUCUUUUGGUCCCUGGAUGAUGGCACAUGCAAUAGAGCUAUUAACAUCAGAGUGUACUCAAGCAGAAAUUCUUUUGCACGAAGAGCAGCCUAAACUUGAAGGGAUUAGCUUAGAAGAGCUUCAUCGACUUGUUUAUGCUGAAGUUCUGUCAUCUCAUGCUUUGACGUGGCAGAUUGCACCAAUUUACUUGACAUCAUGUGUGAAGCUUGGAAUCAACUUGUUGGAAAAUCUUUUGUACAAGCAACCUGUACAAUGGCACCAAGUUCUACUGAAGAGCCUUGAGAUCUGUCGUCUCUAUGAACUUAACAAUGUCACUUCGAACCUUAUGAAGAUUGCUGGAGUCCAUUACUGGAAACAUGGAAAGAAAGGUUCUGCAAUUUUUUGGCUUCAGCAAGCACGGGAUGAAAUUCGGCUGAACAGAAUUGCAAAGUUGUUAUUUGAUUUUGUUGGGAAGUCUGUAUCUGAUGAAGGUUUCAAGCAAUGGGAAGGGUUAAUUGAAUUGCUAGGAUCAGAGCCUAGGACCGCAAGUGGUCUUGAGUUUUUGAACAGGUAUAGGGAUUUCAGGCGAUGCCUUCUGCAGGUUGAAGGUAACACAUCCACUGAUGCUGCCCCGAAAGCUGCAGAAGCCCUUAUAUCUCUGAUGAGAAACCCAUCAACACCUCAACAGUUUUGGCUUCCUCUUCUGCAUGAUUCAUUAAAAUUACUUAACUGGCGGGAGCACCCGGUUUUCAACGUUUCCCAGACUAACCUGCUCUUGAGUAAACUGCAAGAACUGUCUAUGGCAAAACUGCGCCCGGAUUUCGUAGAGAGUAACUUGCCAAACGAGGCAUUAGGCUCAGUCAGACUGGCCCUCGCUACUAACUUGGGACGUGCCAUCCUCGAGGAGUGACGAUCUUGUGGGCCCCACACGUGUUUUGUCGUUUCCUCUGUAACACUACCCAAUUGAAAUGUGCAUUGCUAUACCGGCGUGAAAAGGAGAACAGUCUCUCAAGUCUCAAAAGUCUGGGUUUCAUCUUCUGUAUAUUCAUUUGCACCCUAACUGGAAAAGGAGAAGAAUGAUUUAUUGUUAUUAUUUUUAAAAUUUAUUUAAUCGUUACAACUGUGCAAGGCAAAGUAAGAUUACAAUCCUGUAAUUAAUGUUAUUUUCUUUAACAUAGAUUAGACUAAUGUUUUUU